AUGACUGAUGGGAUGACCAACUUUCUAAGCUUAAUGGAUCCUUUGGUUAUCGAUUCAGUGCAAGGAGUAUUAGGUGUAAAACCUCAUGUCCCCAAAAGGAAGAGACAUGAAUUCACAGUUCGGUGGAAUAGCAAACACAAGCAUAAGGUGGAAUUGAACAUUUUUGGUCUGCGGGCAUAUGAUGCUGCCACAGUACUAGCAAGGGCAACUGAAAAUUCAGUUCAUCAAAAUUUUGAUAAUCUUAGCCAUCUGACUACUACUACCAGUUUCAGAGGCCUGAGUGGAGAAUUUCACAUUUUCAAUGGACAACUACAAUCUUCAACAUUCUAG